AUGAGUGACAUGCUGGACGAUGGCUCUUUUAUGUUCACGUCGGAGUCCGUAGGAGAGGGACAUCCAGACAAGAUUUGUGACCAGAUCAGUGAUGCUGUCCUGGAUGCUCACUUGAAGCAGGACCCAGAUGCCAAAGUGGCCUGUGAGACGGUGUGUAAGACUGGCAUGGUGUUGCUCUGUGGAGAGAUCACAUCUCGGGCCAACGUGGACUACCAGAAGGUGGUGAGGGACACCAUCAAACACAUUGGCUACGACAACUCUGACAAAGGUUUUGACUAUAAGACGUGUAAUGUGCUGGUGGCUCUGGAGCAGCAGAGUCCAGACAUUGCUCAGGGGGUCCAUGUUGACAGGCAGGAGGAGGACAUUGGAGCGGGGGACCAGGGUCUGAUGUUUGGCUAUGCCACGGAUGAAACAGAGGAGUGCAUGCCUCUCACAAUCGUCUUAGCCCACAAACUCAACUCAAAGAUGGCUGAACUCAGACGAUCCGGCAGCAUUGCCUGGCUGCGUCCCGACUCUAAAACACAGGUGACGGUACAUUACGACCAGAAGGACGGAGCUGUGAUCCCCAAGAGAGUUCACACCAUCGUAGUCUCUGUCCAGCAUGAUGACUUCAUCUCUCUGGAGGAACAGAAGAGGGUCCUCAAGGAGAAGGUCGAUCCUAUAAACACACUUCACUGGCAUCUGAUGAAUGCAUUGCCUAGGAAAUGA